UUGUAGUUUCACUCCGGCCGUUUAAAACCUGCCGGACAACAACCGAAGGGCAAAGUGUUUCAGUCUUCAUAAUAAUGUAGCUAGGAACUGUUUAUUUUUUUGAUUGAAUAUUAAUAAUAUGUUGGUCGCGAGGCGGUUUCUAUCGUCGAUUGCUCAGAGAGCUCAUUAUGCUGGACGGACUGGCUUGUUCCGUCGCCCCCAGCUCGCCUCCCUCCCUGAGCUGGAGCUGCGGUAUCUUCAGUGCACAUGCUGCUGGCGGAGCCGGGUCCCUGUCGCAGGCUUUGACACCCUAGACACCACUCUCUUCUCCUCUGAGGCCUGCAAAGAGGACAACAGACCUCUGGAUGCAUGCUACACCUCCGAGCAGAAACAAACCAUCCUCCACCUGCUCAACAACGCCACACUGACAGAGCUGGCUGGGGUGAAGCUCCUGAGGGGCCGCAAGUCAAUCAGCAUAAUAGAGUACAGGACUAAAAACGGACCCUUUACGACUCUGGAGAGUGUGGUCAAUGUUCCACGGCUCAAACACAAGAGCGCAGUCACGGUGUUCAACUCCAUCCUCAACCCGGAGAAGAAGGAGAGGAAAGUGAGGAUUCAGCUGGCAAAGUUUAUCAGGCCAGAGGUCGACAGGUCGUGGUUGGAGGAUGCAAAUGCCGUUGUAUCCAUAGUAUGUGGGACUAAUAAAAUCGCCUGGGCUCAUGUGGACCGAGGGAUGAAUGUGCUGGACUGGCAGCAACUGGACUGUCCAAAUUUCUUGAGAGGGACGUACAUGGCUUCGACUUACUUGAAUGACGUCUCUGCAGUAGUGACACUCCUCCCGUCAGCAGACUUCUACAUAAUAGAGAAAACCUCCAUCUCUGUCCAGAACACGGCUCUGUUCCCCAUCAUGGCCCACAUGAGAUCUGUGGAGGCCAUGCUGUUUGCUCUGCUGGAGCCCAGAAACACUCCUCUGGACUCAAACAUUCCCCCAAGAGUUUUGAACAUGAUGCGUUCAGCCGUUGGACGCCACUUUGGACUCAUGGUUGGGGAGUCUCGCACCAGCGGGGCGCAGACGGUACAACAGCUGAUGACUGAGUCUGUGACACAGAAGCUUCCCAGGAUAAACUUUCCCUCAGAGCUGCUGAUGAAGUACAGAAAUGCUUUCCAGAUCAACUGCAGGAGAGAAGGGGAGGAACUGUGUGAUGCACUGCUUCAGGCUGUGGCCUUUUAUGAGCUGCUUAGUCAGUCAUCCAGUUAGCUAGCACAUAGACAGCUCUGUACCCUGAACAUCACUACAUCCACUACAGCAAACCUCCAGAGAGGACCUUGAGCUCAUUCAGGUUCAAUAUUCAACCUUUGAACAACUUUGGUGGUAGUUGGUAAAAUAUUCAAUAUUCUGGCUGUUACAUAGAAGAUUACUUCUACUACUGUAAUUUUGGAGGCUGAGGGGCAGGGCAGUAAAUGUGUUUUGUUAUUACUGCUGAACAAAAUACUUGCUGUUGACACUUUCAUAAAGUGAUGGCUAUGAACAGCCUUUCUGAAAAUGAACAUUUCUCUUGUUGGCUUGUCAAAUGCUGCUAAUCUACCAGUCAUCCACAGAUUUUAAUUUAAAUUUUAAAAAAUAGUUUUUAUUUACCAUUUAUAAUUGCACAUAAAAACAAAUCAUCAUCUUCA